CACCACUGCUAGCAGGCCCGCGGAGUGACGCAUCGUCUCUCAGAUAGACGAUCUUCGCGGCUGCUGCUAGCGGUCGAUGCGGCUCCUCUCCGAGACUUUAGUCCGACUUCUGAGAGGAGAGCAGCGGAGGGCAGGAGCAACGAUGGCCCCUCAGCACAAGAACAGAGUGUUUGUCAUCGGCGUGGGCAUGACAAAGUUUGAUAAACCCGGAGCCAGAGAAGACUAUGACUAUCCUGAGAUGGCCAAAGACGCAGGUGAAAGAGCUCUUGUAGAUGCGGGGGUCCCAUACUCCGCGGUAGAACAGGCCUUUGUAGGAUACGUCUACGGCGACUCUACAUGUGGGCAGAGGGCCAUUUACCACAGUUUAGGUCUGACUGGGAUUCCCAUCAUCAAUGUGAACAACAACUGCUCCACAGGCUCCACUGCCCUCUACAUGGCCCGUCAGAUGGUCCAAGGAGGUCUUGCCGACUGUGUGCUUGCCCUUGGUUUUGAAAAAAUGGAGAGAGGCUCUUUGUCCUCCAAGUACAUGGACCGGACCAAUCCGAUGGACCGCCACAUGGAGGUGAUGAUCAACCGUUACGGGAUGGUUGCUGCACCUGCAGCACCACAAAUGUUUGGUAAUGCUGGCAGGGAGCACAUGGAGAAAUACGGCACCAAACCGGAACACUUUGCCAAGAUUGCCUGGAAAAACCACAAACAUUCCACGAAUAACCCGUAUUCCCAGUUCCAGGAUGAGUACAGCAUGGAUCAGGUGAUGAACUCCAGGAAGGUGUUUGACUUCCUGACUCUGCUGCAGUGCUGCCCGACCUCCGAUGGUGCCGGGGCAGCUGUGUUGGCCAGCGAGGUCUUCGUUAGGAAGCACCAUUUGGAGAACCAGGCGGUGGAGAUCGUGGCCCAGGAGAUGGUGACCGACCUCGCUUCCACGUUUGACGAGAAGAGCUGCAUUAAGAUGGUGGGAUACGACAUGUCUCGACUGGCUGCAAAGAAGUGCUUUGAGGUUGCAGGUCUGAAGCCGAGCGAUGUGGACGUGGUGGAGCUGCACGACUGCUUCUCAGCCAAUGAGCUCAUCACGUAUGAGGCUCUGGGCCUGUGUGGAGAGGGUAAAGCUGGUGAGCUGAUCGACAGAGGAGACAACACGUAUGGAGGAAAGUUUGUGGUGAACCCCAGUGGUGGUCUCAUCUCUAAGGGACAUCCUCUUGGUGCCACCGGUCUGGCUCAGUGUGCAGAGCUGUGCUGGCAGCUCCGAGGCCAGGCUGGCAGGAGGCAGGUCCCAGGGGCCAAGGUGGCCUUGCAGCACAACAUUGGCCUGGGUGGAGCUGUGGUUGUUACGCUUUACAAGAUGGGUUUUCCAAAGGAGUCGAGGUCUUCCAUCGGUGCAACAACCUGCAGCUCAGGCAGCAGCCUGGAGGACUUCAAAGCUUUCCCCGUCUUCAAAGAAAUGGAAAAACAUCUUCAGCAGGAAGGAGAGAAGCUUGUCAAGACGGUCGGCGGAGUCUUUGCUUUCAAAGUGAAGAAUGGUCCCAGUGGGAAAGAGGCAACCUGGGUUGUGGAUGUGAAAAAUGGCCAAGGUUCUGUUAGCAAUGACCCAGGUGAGAAGGCAGACUGCACGCUGACCCUCGACGACGAGGAUCUGCUGAAUCUGAUGACUGGAAAGUUAAACCCACAAACGGCGUUCUUUAAAGGGCAGCUGAAGAUCACUGGGAACAUGGGCAUGGCCAUGAAGCUGCAGAACCUGCAGGUGGUGCCAGGAAAAGCCAAGCUGUGAGACCAUGGAGGAGCAAAGACGAGUUUUGUGCCUCAAUAUGUCGAUUAAACUCUUGUGAUUCUUUGAUGACAUGCAGUCCCGAGCACUACUAUGUGAGGCUUCAUGCCUCCGGGUCGAUACUUUUCAUUCUCGUUGACUGGAGCUCAGUAAUGUUAUUGAUGUUGGUCUGAAACAUCAGAGAUUUUAGAAACAUACAGAAGACAUCCUGUUUCACUAAUCACACAAUCACUAAACCUUCUGACCAGUCUCAGAGGAAAAUAAGCCUUUUGUUGUUAAAACUGGGUGAUUUUGAUAAUGUAGCAAAAAAGAAACUGUAAAUAAAAACUUUGAUCUAACUUGAAUAAAUAAAAUCUUAACUUCAAA